GGGCAGGCUAGUGGGAAGAAGGCCAAUUCCUGUUGGGGUAGAUCUGGCUCUUCAUAAGGAAAAUGAAAGCUAGCCAGGAUUCAGAAUGAGUUGCAGCAGGGCCAUGGUCAAGAUGAGCGGCAUUCUAUUCUUGGUGCUCCUGUUGGCUGCUCCCAGCUGCCUUGGUCACUUUGAAGACCUGGCCAAGUGCUUCCAGGACCCUGACUAUGAGUCACUCCUUGUCACUGCCCAGAAUGGGCUCCACCCCACCCCACUGGUCAAGCGCAUCGUGGUAGUGGGAGCUGGCAUGUCUGGCCUGGCAGCAGCCAAGACCCUUCAGGACGCUGGCCACCAGGUGACUGUCUUGGAAGCCAGCAGCCACAUUGGGGGUCGAGUGCUUACAUUCAGGAACAAGGAAGAGGGCUGGUACUGUGAACUGGGACCCAUGAGAAUCCCCAAAUCCCACAGAUUGGUUCAUACCUAUGUCAAGAAGCUUGGCCUGAAACUGAACAAAUUCAUCCAGGAUGAUGACAACACCUGGUACCUCAUCAAUGGAAAACGCUACCGCUCCUGGGAGGUCAAGGCCAACCCAGAACUCCUGGGCUAUCCCCUGAGCCCCACAGAAAAGGGCAAAAGUGCAAACAGCCUCUUCCACCAGGCCAUCAGCAAGCUCAGACAACAACUGAAAGUGUUCAACUGCAGUCACCUGUUAUCCUUCUAUGAUUCUUACUCCACCAAGAGUUACCUGCUGAAGGAAGGGAAGCUGAGCAGAGGAGCAGUAAAGAUGAUUGGGGACGUGCUGGACGAGGAUGCUGGAUACUACAAGUCUCUACUGGAGUCCCUGUGGACUAACAUCAUCUUCCAAAAUGACGACUUCUAUGAAAUCACUGGGGGCUUUGACCAACUCCCCUCUAGCCUCAGCACCACCUUAAAGCCUGGCACCAUUCACUUGGAGUCCAAGGUGAAGAUGGUGAUGAGGGAUGGCUCUGAGGUACGAGUCUCCUAUCGUGCAGGCAACGCCAGUUCCGAGCUGCACAACCUCACAGCUGAUUACGUCAUUGUCUCCGCCUCCGCCAAGGCCACGCGCCUGAUCACCUUCCGUCCACCACUGUCCACAGACAAGAUGUAUGCACUCCGCUCAGUGCACUAUGCCAGCUCUACCAAGGUGGUCCUGGUCUGCAAUGAGCGUUUCUGGGAACGCGACGGCAUCCAGGGUGGCUUCUCCAUCACUGACCGGCCCUCACGUUCUAUCUACUACCCAAGUCACAGUUUCCCGGGCGGUAAGAGCACCCUGCUGGCCUCCUACACCAACGACGAUGAUUCCCUCUUCUUGUCCGCCAUGAGUCAGGAACAGGUGGUGGAUCUCGUCCUGGAUGACCUGGCAGCCAUGCACCAAAUACCCAAGGAGGAACUGUGUCACUUGUGCCCCUCUUCUGUGGUCAAGCACUGGUCACUGGACCCCCUCACCAUUGGUUCCUUUGCUGAGUUCACACCCCAUCAAUUUGUGGACUACUCAAGACAGCUCUUCCAGCCAGAGGACUGCAUCCACUUUGCUGGCGAGCAUACCAGCCUGCCUCACAGCUGGAUGGACACGGCCAUCAAGUCUGGCCUCCAGGCUGCCAGGAACAUCCAGGCUGCUGUGGAUGCAGAGGCCAGAGUGGAGCAGGUGCCUCCACAUGAGAUGUUUGCCAACCUCCAGGGUGAAUCCCCACCCAGCACCAAUCCCUGAGGGAGUCCGGUGGGAGGAGCCAGCUGGGAAGUAUGAGGAGAAAGCCGAGACCCAGAAGAAAGCUCGCCAUUGGUCUCCCACGCAUACACCCAAGCCCUGGACUACUUUAUUUCUGUUUUCCAUCCCCUGCUACAUUAGUCUAGACUUUUUUAGUUGCAAGUGACAGCCGUUAAUCUCAGACUCACUUAGAGAAAUGUUUUUCCCCAUUGAUCUUGAAACUUUAGGGUGAGGUUGGUUUCACUCAGAGUGACCUGGCUCAGGAAACUGAACAAGC